AUGGAGUCCUCCAUAUCCAGCUACCCGGUGCCGGUGUCAGCGCCAUCGUCAUCACCAAACAGUCACAUCAAACCACGAACAAAACGCCCCUCUAUCAAGCCAUCAUAUUCAUCAUCAGAUCCGUCACCGUCAUCACCAACAUCAAACGACGUCCUUACCAAAUCCAACAUCAAACCCGAAAACCGGCCCUUCUUCUCCCUGCCAACGCCAGACCAGAGUCCCAACCUGUCACAAGAAGAAGAAAGUGAUGGCGAUGGCGAUGGAGAAAUUUCACCAUUGGACAGUACCAGCGGCAGCAGUCGUACCGGGACUGGGACUGGGACUGGGACUGGAACGCCGGAGAACGAGAAAGUGGCGGCAGAGUCAGUGUCAGAGUCAGUGUCAGUGUCAGAAUCAUCAUCACCAUCGCCAUCGUCCGGAACGGACAGCCCGGCAAUCGAAGACUACGACGACCUCACCAUUUCACCCGACGCCAUGGUACAGCGGGAUGAGAACGGAGAUGAUAAGAGAAAUUCAACGGCGGGAGAGCCGCCGGCAGCGUUUUUGCUUACCGUGACGAUGGAUGGUGAUAGUGAUGAAAACGCUGGCGUCUCAUCAACAGCAGAGGGAAAUGGCGCGGGAGGAGGAGAGGUGAAGCAAAUACGACCCACCAUCACCGUCGGAACCACCACUCCCUCAACAACCGACAUCCACAACUCGCUUCUGACGGCUAUCGAAAAGCAAUGUCAGCGGAUAGAGGGCAUGUCAUCCACCGAGUCCGCGUCUGCUUCUUCUCCUAUAGACUGGCCAUGGACGCAUACCGUGUUUUUCGUCAUGCAUGGCAUGGUCAUGCUGAUGAAGAUGCAUUCGUACGCAUUCUAUAACGGGUACCUGGCGUCGGUGUGGAAGAAGCGGCAGUUGUUGUUGGCAAAGCUGAAGGAGCUGGAGCAUGUCGAAGUGGUGACCAAGCAUGAUCCGAACAGGAGCUGGACGGAGCCGUUCCCCCUGCUGCCGAGAGACUUGUCGACGGAGCAUCUGUCAAGAGUGCCGUCUGCGCAGGAGUAUAAGGAGAGAAGAAGGAUGUCGGUUGCUGCUCAAGGGGCUGAUGGUGGCCAGGAAGCCCCAGAGGAUGACGUGGAUAAGAUCGUUGCGGCAAUUGACUCGCGCGAGCCGUUAGAUGAGGAGCAGGUCCAUGUUUUUGAGCGGGCGCUCAAGUGGGAGGUGGACGCCAUGACGGAUGAGCUGAGAGGCAAGGCGACCGACGACAAGAGGGUGUAUCCGAAUAACCUAACGCUGGCCAACCAUUACGAGUUCAUCGUGCUGCCAACGCUGGUGUACGAGCUCGAGUAUCCGCGGUCCGAGUCUAUCAACUGGUACUAUGCUGCCGAGAAGAUGGUGGCCUGCUUCGGCGUCAUCUUCGUCAUGAUCAUCAUCUCGCAGGCUUUCAUCUAUCCCGUGGUCAUGGAGACCGUCAGGAUGAAAGAGAUCGGGAUGCCACUGAGCGAGCGGUUCCAGUAUUUCCCUUGGAUGCUGGCGGACUUGAUCUUCCCCUUCAUGAUGGAGUAUUUGCUGUCGUGGUAUCUCAUCUGGGAGACGAUCCUCAACUUUGUGGCGGAGCUCACCAAGUUCGCCGACCGGAGCUUCUAUGAUGCCUGGUGGAACUGCGUGUCGUGGGAUCAGUUCGCCAGAGACUGGAACCGACCGGUGCAUAACUUCUUGUUGAGACAUGUAUACCACAGCUCCAUCUCGGCCAUGAAGGUUGACAAGCACACGGCCACGCUCAUCACCUUCUUCUUGUCGGCGUGUGUUCAUGAGCUGGUCAUGUGGUGUAUCUUCAAGAAGCUGAGAGGCUAUUUGCUUUUCCUCCAAAUGUUCCAGUUGCCGCUGGUGAGCAUGAGCAGAACAAAGUGGAUGAGGAAUAGGAAGACGUUGGGAAAUGUUUUCUUUUGGCUGGGCAUCUUUACGGGCCCGAGUAUCCUUUGCAGUUUGUAUUUGAUUCUGUAA